AUGUUGUUUCUGGGAUCGAAUAUCAUUGGGUCGACCAAAAGUCGCCGGACAAAGGUCGCUGGGAUGACCAUGGCGACAUCCUCGCACGACGCUGGCCUGCUAGAAGCAAAGCUGCAUGGGUCUAGCGCAGCAGAACAAGUAGUGAUUGUUGAUGGUGAGAACAAGGUUAUUGGGAACGCCACACGGGCGGUGAUGAAGGUGUAUAACCUCCCACAUCGUGCCACAUAUAUCGUCGUUCGCAAUUCUUCCGGUCUCUACUACGUGCAGCGCCGUUCAAGCACUAAAGACUAUUGCCCUGGGCUCCUCGAACCUAUGGCUGGGGGCGUCGUAAAAUUCGACGAGGCCUACGACGAAAGCGCGGCUCGCGAGCUUGAAGAAGAAAUGGGCAUUCGCGGUGUUCCGUUGACCCACAUUGCCACAUUCCCUUACUCAUCACCACCGAUGCUCAUUUGGAGAGGGCUCUAUGAUUGUGUGUACGAUGGACCGGUGACAAAGCAAGACGAGGAAGUAUCGGAGAUCCUGCUGCUGUCUGAGCAGCAGAUCUUGGAUCGCGAACAAGACAUCACGCCCGAUGGCAUGUUUGCAUUUCGCGCGUAUUUGGCGACAAGGCCACGUGCAAUCUAA